CUCCCAUUAUCAAUCUCCAUUAAUUUCCACCCAAAAAAAAAAAAAAAAAGUUAAGAAACCCUAGAGGGAUUAAUAGUUUCAUUUGCUUUGAAAAAAACCAUAAUUUUUUUUAAUUUUUUAUUUUGGUGCAAAAACAAUGGUUUCCAAGCAUUUGUUGCUUGCCUUAAUUGCCAUGUCCAAGGUGUUAAUUGUGGCUAUGUCACAAGGCCUAGACCUCGGUGCAAUUCUUCAAGCAGCAGGAGGAGGUGGUAGUGAUUCAGGUGCAAUUCCUUCAUGUUUUCAAAAAUUGCUUCCUUGUCAAGCCUACUUGAAGUCCCCGGACUCGCCGCCGGAGUCGUGCUGUACUCCGUUGAAGGAUAUGAUCUCCGGCGACAUGGAUUGUCUUUGUCAAGUCUUUAAUAACCCUGAUCUCUUGAAGAAUCUCAAUGUAACCCAAGACCAAGCUUUGAAGCUUCCAAAGGCUUGUGGUGCUCAGGCUGAUAUUUCCAUUUGCAAGAAGGAUGCAGGCUCUCCAGGCGGUUCACCGGGAGCGCCAACCACUCCUUCAACACCUGCCGAUGCUGACAAAAGUAACUCUUCCUCAACCCCAAAUGUCUCAAAGUCUAACAGCACUUCAGCAGCCAAUGGGAUGUCAAAUUUUGGAGGGUCUGGUUUAGCUGUUUGCUUUGUGUCUUUAAUAAUGUCAGCACUCUAAAAAGACUUGGGCCACUUUAAUUUGUACCACAACUCUAUGUUUCCAUUUCUAUUUUUUAAUCACCAAACAAAAAUUUGCAGGAUUUGUUUCAAAUUUGAUUUCUAAUUAUAAAUCUAGCCUUUUAAUUA